AUGGCAGACCAACCGGACGACGACAUGCCCUCGGGGCCUCCCUCGCCGAUGAGCACGAGGAGGCCGCGGUUCAACCGCAAGGCUUCGGAUCUGCAACCAGACGAGCGGUCGCCGCUGCUCACUUCUUCAAGGUCCCGAAUUCGGCGCCAGCCCAGCAGCACACCGGAGAGCCCCAAACACCCCUCGGGCCUGUCCAGAAAUCACAGCGCCGCUGGAAGCAUCCGCAGCGUCUUACACCACAGUCGCAACCACUCCUUCGGCCAACGGCUGUCCUAUGCCAUCUCCGACUACCCCGACCCAAUGAGCGAAUCGAAGCGAUCCAUCCUCCCGAACGAACGUGUCUGGUACGACCAGUUCACCUCCACCGAUUGGGUCCACGAUAACAUUGUCGAUGCGCAUCGAGUCAAGGCCCUUAAGAUGCGCAAGGAUUUUUGGGGGAGGGUAUACGCCAUCUUCGACGCCUCUCAAGGCUGGAUUCUGAGUGCUGUAUGCGGUUUCGUUGUUGCCCUCGUUGCCUACGUAGUCAACUUGUCGGAAGCUACCGUUUUCGACUACAAGUACGGCUACUGCGCGCGAGGGUGGUACAUCAGUGAGAAGAAUUGCUGUCCCAAAGGUGCCGAGUGCGAAGACUGGCUGAAAUGGUCCGACGUUCUGAAGUUCAAGCCAUUCGGGGAGGUGGGGACGUCGUUCGUGAUAUAUCUCGUCGGCGUUGUCGUGUUGUCCCUGGUGGCUUGCGCGAUGACUCUUACCACGAGGACCGUGGUGCCGUCCGCGUACCGGAUGACAACCUUUGACGAGAAUCUUGCCGCAGAACUUGCACCCUAUGUGGACGAUCCGCCGAGCGACAACAGCCAUGGUCCUCAAGAGGUCACCCCAGCAGUCGAGGCAGUUGAUGCUAACGUACCACCUCCGAUGGUCUACUAUUCCGCUGCAGGAAGUGGUGUUGCCGAGGUUCGCGUCAUUCUCAGCGGAUUUGUCUUGCACGGUUUCCUUGGUGUGAAGACCAUGGCCAUCAAAUCCGCAGCACUCAUCCUGAGUGUGGCCUCCGGUAUGAGUUUGGGAAAGGAGGGACCGUACGUUCACAUUGCGACCUGCGUCGGAAACAUUGCGUGCCGUCUUUUCACAAAGUACGACUCGAACGACGCCAAACGACGAGAGGUCCUAUCUGCAGCCGCAGCCGCAGGUGUUGCGGUGGCGUUCGGCGCCCCUCUGGGAGGAGUCUUGUUCGGCCUCGAGGAGGUGUCAUACUUCUUCCCAGCGAAAACACUCUUCCGUACCUUUUUCUGCUGUAUCGUCGCGGCGCUGUCGCUCAAGUUCCUCAACCCUUACGGCACACACAAGAUUGUCAUGUUCCAAGUCAAGUACGUGGAGGACUGGCACUAUUUCGAAAUUGCCUUCUUCAUCCUCAUCGGUGUUUUGGGCGGCGCUGCCGGCGCGCUCUUCAUCAAGGCUUCCAAGUUCUGGGCCAAGUCGUUCCGGAGAAUCAAGGUCAUCAAGGCAUACCCGAUGCUUGAGGUUCUUCUGGUCGCUGUGGUUACCGCCUUCAUGAGUUACUGGAACGUUCACACCAAACAGCCAGUGGCCAAGCUCAUGCUGAAUCUGGCUGCCCCGUGCCGCGACGGUACUGACCGUGAGGAUUUCGGUCUCUGCCCCACCACUGUCGAGAGCAUUUCCCCUGUUGUCCUUAGUCUCUUCUGGGCAUUCUUGAUCAAGGGCUUCUUGACAAUCAUCACCUUUGGCAUCAAAGUACCGGCAGGUAUAUACGUCCCGUCCAUGGUCGUCGGUGGUUUAAUGGGCCGGAUGGUCGGCCACGCCGUGCAGUACAUCGUCUUGAUCUACCCCGACUUUGGAUUGUGGGGUGCCUGUGCUUCCCGGGCUGUGGGAUCGUGCAUCCAACCUGGAGUAUACGGCCUUAUUGCUGCUGGCUCGACAAUGUGCGGUGUCACCCGCCUGUCGGUAACGUUGGCCGUCAUCCUGUUCGAGCUCACGGGCAGCUUGGACUACGUGCUGCCGUUCUCCCUGGCGAUUCUCGUGGCCAAGUGGACAGCUGAUGCCAUCGAACCGAACAGCAUCUACGAUCUCCUUACCAGUAUGAACUCGUACCCGUUCCUCGAUAACAAGCACAAGCCCAUCUUUACCUCGGACCUUGCGGACAUUGUACCCAGAGUCCGUCGGGAAAGGAUCAUUGACAUCAGUGCUUCUCCUAUGGUAUCUGCCACCAGCCUUCGUACCAAGCUGCAGACUCUGCAUCGGGCUGGAGAAAUCGACGGUGGUCUUCCAAUUAUCAGAGACGGCAUCCUCGUCGGCCUGAUCCCUGCUCCGGAUCUCGAGUUUGCUCUGGACAACUUGGACGACGAGGACAACAGCAUGUGCUUGAUGGCCCAUGUGCCUACCAUUGAGGACUCUGACGACGAAGGAGAGACGGACAAGACUGACUUCACUCCGUAUAUUGAUCCGGUACGUACGAAUGGGAGGCAGCUCCAGGUUGCAGAGGCUAACGUAGGCAAACAGGCGCCCGUGGCGUUGGACAUCAGGUCUCCAAUGGAUCUUGUGUAUGAAUGUUUCGUCAAGCUUGGUCUGCGCUGCGUAUGCGUACUCAAGAACGGACGCUACGCUGGACUGGUGCACAAGAAGAGUUUCGUCAAGUACAUGCGGGAGCUCGAAGAAAAAGAGGGACACUGA